AUGGGCGCGCAGAAGAAACAAAACGAACAAAUGUCUUCCAUGGGUAUCGAGGUUACCGAUAAAAAGGGGCAGGAAAACAAGGAGAAGAAGGAGGAGAGGAAAGUUGAACCUAUGGUUUUCGAACCAAUCACCAUUGAGUCGAUAAAACAAGACAAGGCUUUCCAAAAAACCACCAAAAAACAGCAAAAAGAGUACGACACUUUGCGCAAAAAACAAACCAAAGAGAAGUUGGCUGUCCAAAAAUCUCAGUGUCUGGCCAUUGAAAAAUUAAUUAAAGGAAAAAACAAAAACGACCUCGCGAACGAUCCAGCGGUGAAAAAAAUGGUGGGAGAACAGACUUUGGAGUGGAGCGAGUUGAUGGGGCGCCACAGAAAACAGGAGUGGGAAUUUUUGAGGCAGCAACUGGACGAUCAACGGGAUGUUUUGAGGAAACACAUGGAAAUCCUGCAGGCUUCUCAAGUCAAACAAUUAGAGGUGAAACACGACAAGGAUAUGAAGGAUUUGAGCGUGCAGCAGGCCAAACAAUCCGUAGAAACUGCAAAAGAGGUUGCAAAUGACAAAACCCUGAAAAACAAAAAGGACAAGGACAGGAGAUUGAAGGAAAAAACUCAGAACAACACGAAAAAGUUCCUUGAAGAGCAUAAAACGGCCACCAUUAAGCAGGGAAGGGAAAAGGAAAAGUUGAAAAUAACUCACGACAAACAGUUGGAGAUGUUAUCGCACGACAUUCAAAAAUUGAUUGACAUGUACAAAAACGAAGAGUUAGAGUAUGAAUUAAGCGGCAAAAAUGAAUUUUACGCUUGA